AGAGAGAAGAAGAAGAAGUUAAGAGGAACAGUACUAGAAUGAAGAAUUAGUUGACGGGUAUUUGAAGAUUUCAAGUUUAAUUCGAAGGAAGAACAGAUGGGUAUUCUACAAGAAGAUGUAGUGAUCAUCAGUCACCCUGAUCCCAAUAAACCAAACGAUCCCACCAUCAUAACUGUCAAUUGCCCCGACAAGAUUGGUUUAGGCUGUGAUCUUUGCCGCCUCAUCCUCUGUUUUCGCUUAACCAUUCUCAGAGUCGAUGUGUCUACUGACGGAAAAUGGUGUUACAUAUUGUUCUGGGUCACCGGAAAUGAAUCCACCAGAUGGAGCUUAUUAAAGAAGAGGCUCAUUGAAGUAUCUCCUUCUUGUUCUUCAGCUUCUGGUAUCGCUUUUUAUAAAUCUGAACCGCCCCUUGAUCCUCCUGACGUUUUCCUCUUGAAGUUCUUUUGUCAUGAUAAUAGACAUGGUCUUUUACAUGAUGUUACAGUUGUUCUUUGUGAGCUAGAACUUGUUAUAAAGAGAUUGAAGAUAUCUACCACACCAGAGGGAAGAAUGGUAGACUUAUUCUUCGUAACAGACACUAGAGGAUUAUUGUAUACGAAGAAGGGACAAGAAGAAACGAUUAAACAUCUGAAAGAUACAUUAGGGACAGCUAUAGUUACAUGUGAAAUAGAAAUGGUUGGACCUGAAAUUGCAGCAUGUUCUACUCGAACCACAUCUUUCCUUCCUCCAGCAAUUGUGGAUCAGUUUGUUUCUCAAAACAAUGAGUCCAUAUCCAUAUCCAUGGACAAUUCUCUUAGUUCAAGUCAUACCCUUGUUCAAAUUGUUUGUCAAGAUCACAAGGGUCUUCUCUAUGAUAUAACGCGAACAUUAAAGGAUUACAGUAUCCAGAUUUCUCAUGGGCGAUUCAUGAAGAAGAAGAUAAAGAAAAAGAAAAAUGGAGAUACUUGUGAGGUGGACUUGUUCAUACUGCAAUCAGAAGGGCAGAAGAAGAUAGUUGAAUAUCGUCUUCACGAGGAAUUAAUGUGUCCAAUUCGAGUGGCAGUUGUUAGUCGUGGUCCAGACACGGAGUUGCUGGUGGCGAAUCCUGUUGAAUUGUUGUCGGGGAAAGGCAGACCUCUUGUUUUUCAUGAUAUCACACUUGCUCUCAAGUUGCUUAAUACAGGCAUCUUUUCAGUAUGUUCAAUUCAUUCAUAUAUUUCUCAAGUUAAUAUAAUUAAUGAUAUAUGAUAAGAAAAUUGUAUUAUCUGUUUGAUUUGAAUUAGAGAUUGGAAGGCAUAUGAUAGGAGACAGGGAGUUUGAAGUGUAUAGAGUGUUACUUGAUGAAGGGAAUAAUGGAUUGGUUGUUCCUAGGAAGAAGAUUGAGGAAGCUGUUUGGAAGAUUCUAAUGGGAUGGGAUUGGAUUAAUUAAAAAAUUAUGAUUAAUCUUCUGGAAUUUCUCAUGUAAAUUUGUUUCAUAUAUAGUUUUUUUUAAUGAACUUAUAGUUAUAGCUUAAAGGGUAUACACUAUUACUAAUUAGUUGUGAUAAUGGAGAAAUGGGUGCAAAAUCUUUGAAUUAUGGAUACCAAUGGGAACAUUCAUUAUUC